AUGAAACUCGUUACUUCAAUCCUCCUGGCCUUUGCCGUCUCUGCCCAGGCUUCCUGGUGUAAUGAUGGAUGGGGUUUGCCCGCAAACACUGGAUGUCCCGACUCCUAUCCCCACUCCUUCUGCGUAGGUUUAUAG